GUGCAUGAGAAGGUUUGUGUGCUACGGUAAAGCGUAACAAAGUUUUGCCCCACCUCAGCCUCAGGGUCCAGUGCACGAAGUAGCGUAGCCAAUCAUCACUUUUAGUGCUUAUCAUCACAUAUCCCGCAUGGUCCUACUACGUCGUUGCUGAACCCAGACUCACUCACGUUAUCGGCUUCAGCUGCUUGGAAAUGGCGACACCAGCGGUAGACGAACUCCGCGUUCAGGAUUCAACGACGUACACAGAAGCUCGUGAGGGAGCAGCAGCAUAUCUCCAAGCGCGAUUGGCGGCCAAAUCCAACAUCACGGAUGAGGACUUUGAGGUGCCGAUCAUUGACUUAUCGUCAUCUUUCUCUGACAAACACACUGAACGACAGCGUGUUGCCGCCCAGAUCCAAAAGGCUUGCUCGACUUCUGGGUUCUUCUACAUCACUAACCAUGGAGUUCCUUUGCCGGCUCGUGAAGGGAUCUUGCGGCAAGCGGAGCGCUUCAUGCAUGAGUUGAGUGCUGAGCAAAAGGCAAAGCUACACACAAAGAGGAGUAAGCUAGGCCUCGGCUGGGAGCCCAGCGAGUAUACAUCGAUUGCAGGUGACAUCGAGACGAAGGAAGUGUUCAACUUCUCGUACGAAGCGGCCAUGGAUCGGACAGGUGGAGACGGCAAGUACGUAAAUCUGGAUGGAACGACCGGCAAUGGAAAUUUGUGGCCGCGAGAGGAAGACCUCCCCGGUUUCUACGAUGCGGUGAAAACGUAUUACGGUUCAGUUCUUGACCUCGCACGCCAUCUCUUCCGCCUGUUUGCACUAUCACUAGGACUAGAGGAAACCUACUUCGAUUCCAUGACCACACAUCCUGGUGGUAUCGCCCGCUUGCUAUACUAUCCCCCUCCGAAAAACCCUCUUCCAUCGACUACCACAUCUUCCACUGAAGAGCAGAUUGGUCUUGGCGCCCACUCGGACUAUGAAUGCUUCACGCUUCUUCUCUCUUCCUCGGUACCUGGCCUUGAGAUUCUCAAACCAUCAGGACACUGGCUUAUCGCAGCUCCACCACCGGACGCUUUCAUCGUGAACGUCGCAGACUUCUUGAUGCGGUGGACAAACGGGCUGUACAAAAGCACAGUACAUAGAGUGGUGAAUCGGGGAAUGGACGCCAGGUACAGUGUGCCUUUUUUCUUUAGUGUGAAUUACGACACGUUAGUCGAGACCUUGCCGACCUGUCUCGCAGAGGGCGAAGAAAGCAAAUGGAAGCCGAUCCGUGCGGGUGAGUACAUAUUGGAGAGGCUGAACGCUACAACAAAAGAUGGAGUGGGAUUUUUUGGGAAUGAGGACGCUGUUGGGAAAAAUGAGCCUAGGAAAUCUUACUAGGCCUCUCACGAUGCCGAUUUUGAGCUCUCGGAAUAGCAAUACAAAUAUGUUCGAAUUAUGAGCGAAUCCAGGGGCACCAGUCAGGCUCUCAAGUUUUAGAGAAGGCGGCUUCCAUAUAACACUUGUAGCUAUUAUAAUACUGAAAGCUAAGGUUCAUGUUAGGACUAACUAUAUUGUAGGCAAAAAAGUAUUCUAUGGAGUUUUUGUAUUCUCCCUACGUUACUGUAGGAUGACUGGCUUAUUCUUAGUCCGUCAUUUAUCCUGGAACGUGAGAGUCAGGUAGCGCACUACUUAGACCUAAUCCAGCUGGCGUGGAGGAUCUCCGCAUCUCCGACCGAUCGGUGUUAAGA